AUGGAACUCGGAGAGUUCAAUAUUCAAUAUCAACUGAGGAUAGCAAUCAAAGGCCAAGCUGUGGCCAACUUCAUAGCUGAAUUCACCGCUCUGAGUUGCGAGAUCGGAGACACCAGUCCACAGGCAUCAUCAAAUUUGGAAGCGGCAUCUAUUAUUCCCACGACCCUUCCUCUCCUCAAGAGCAUCGAGGCAAAGGCAAUGGAAGAGCUUACCCCCAUGAGCAGACCAUGGCCAUUCGCUCAGUGGGUGAUUAACAUCAUCGGGCCUCUGCCUCAUAGAAAGAAGAAGACUAAAUUUGUAAUUGUGGUUGUAGACUACUUCACCAAAUGGGCCGAAGCCAAGCCCGUGGCAAAGAUUACCGAACAGAAGCUGAUGGACUCUGUGUGGAAAAACAUCAUAUGUCAGUUCGGAAUCCCAUGCACUAUCGUAUCUGAUAAUGGGAAGCAGUUCGACAAUGAUAAGUUCAGAGACAUGUGUCGGGGACUCGGCAUUUCCAAUGCAUACUCAUCGCCUCAUCAUCUAUAG